AUGUCCUCCGGGCGAUUUGGAGUACCUGCUCAACCUGCCGGCAGCUCAAGCUCCCUUCGGUCGGCAAACCAUCCUCUUUCCGGCACCAGAUCCUCUGACGGUCCGAUUAGUCCCGCACCUACCGUUGCCUCCGUCAACACCGGUUCGAACUCUGAAGCUUCAAAGAAACCUCCCGUCGUUGCUCCAAUCGCCACUAUGAUUUCGAGUGCCAUCUCCCAGCCGGAAGUCACCGGACUUCCUGUCUCUGGCAUCCUGAAAGUUCUUUUUUCUCCUUUGGAAGUCUCUAAAAUGUCUGAGGACCUCAAAUAUUCCCUUGUAGGUAAAUUCUCUUUCGGCAAGCUCUCCAACGAGGCUAUUCGGUCGGACCUCGCUCUCUGGAGUUUCACCGGAUGCAAAAUAUUUUUCCUUCAAGUCAAUCACGUCUUGAUCAAAGCCGACGACCCAAACACUUCCACCAUGCCUUGGUUGAAACGCGAAAUCUUUAUUCUUAAUUUCCCUAUGAGGAUUUUCAAAUGGUCCGUUGAUUUCGAUUUCAUAAAAGAACCACCUACUGUCCUGGUUUGGAUCCAAAUCCCAGCUCUCCCACUUCAUUGUUUUGAGUUAAAGGUUCUUCAAACAAUCGCCAACAUCUUUGGCACCCUUUUAAAAGUCGAUGAUGCUACACUACACAAAACUCGGGUCCAAUAUGCUCGCUUUUGCGUUGCCCCCAAUCUUGAAUCCCCACACCCAACUAGUAUAUACGUCUCUUGCGGAAACAAAAGCGCCGAACUCAUUGUCGAAUUCGACGCUUACCGAAAUAUUGUUCCUAUUGCUCUCAUGUGGGACAUGAUGACUCAACUUGUUACAUAG